UAGCAAGUUGUGCAGUCAACAUGGAGGUGGUGAAGGAGUAUUUACUGGCGAAAUACUUUGGUCGCUUUGGCUACAUUGUAGCUGCUUUCCACCUUCCAGCUUUCUUGAUUUUUUCUGCUUACACAGGACACUUCAGAACCAGUGAACGCCGAACAUUGCGCUGUCCGUCUUUUCCUGAUUCUCGUGAAUACUGUUUGAGGAAAUACGACGAGAAGUACAACUCUCCUUUCCCACUAUACGGCUUUGUCAUAUUGUGUUUCGUUCCUUUGGUGGUUAUUUGCAUCUCUUACUCUUGGUGCUUUGUGAAAUCGCGAGUCGAUGAACUUGAAACAGCGUUAAAACCAGAUCCUGAGAACCCCCGCCGCCGCCCACGAUUGAGAACACGCCGAGUGUUUCGUUAUUACCUUAGUCAUCUAUCUCUACGAUUUUGUUUUGGGAUUCUGUGUGUAUUGUUACAGAAAUUUGUAUUUUAUCCAUCUGGAUUUCCAUCCGAAUUCACCUGUGUUCAUUGCGCAAUAAAUUGCACCUCAAAUGCGACAAAAGAUCAUUCCUCGGCCAUUAAGUGUAACAAUUCCGUUGCAUCAGAUAACGAGGCCAUUGCGUGGAUAAUUUGUAUAGUGAACUUGCUGUUUGCGUCGCUCGUUUUGGGAGAGAUUUGUUUUCUUAUGUUUCAAGCGACUCGAAACAAAGAGUUCUCUUUCGACUCAGAAUUUUGUCAAAAGCAUUUUUUCGACAUGGGAGGUCCUUUAAUUGCCACGCGCGAGGCAAUGUUCCGGAUGAAAACACGAAAACUUGAGGAAACGGAACUGUACCAACCUUUGAUCGUUUACUCCGAAGGCAAUGAAGACAGAUUGCUCGAUGACAUGUUUGUUGAUCUUGUUAUUUACACAGGAAGAGCGAGACACGAGUUUGAGAACAAGAUGAAGAGACACGAAAUACACGAAAUCUAUUUGAAGCCUCAAGGUGAAUCCAUAGCUAUAGAGAGGAUUGACGAGUUGUUUCUCCCCAACAAUGAUUCAGAAAAUCCUUGUAAAAUUCUCGUGGUUGGGCGCCCAGGGAUCGGAAAAUCCCUUUUGUGUACAAAACUUUUGCGUGAGUGGAGCAAGGGUGGCUUGUUGCGUGGUAGUGACAAAAACUUUGACCUUUUGUACUUAAUUCAGUUCAGAAGGUUUAAUACCGAAACUGCGGAGAACAUUUCUCUAAUAGAAUUGUUAAGUUAUUCGCACCCAGAAGGCAUUAAUGAUAAUGAUCUGAUCCAGCAUGUUUUAGAGAAUCCUGAUAAAGUAAUUCUUGUAUUUGAUGGCCUAGAUGAGUUUAAAUACCAUGCAGAUUGUUUAGCACAUGAGCAAGUACUUGCAGGCAACAAAGAAACAGAACGAUUGUCAUUGUCUGCACUUUAUGUGAAGCUGGUGAACGGAGACCUGCUUUCAGGGGCUACAGUCUUGACAACUAGUAGACCAACUGUGUUGCAAAGUGUUGCCCACAUCAAAUUUGACAGGAAGGUGGAGAUAAUGGGGUUUACUCCACAGAAAGUGCACAAGUAUAUUCAGAACUUUUGCGCACAAGAUGAAGACAGGGGCAACAAAAUCUGGGAUCAUAUCAGCAGCAAUCCAGAGUUACUUUCACUCUGCUAUAUUCCAGUGAACAGUCACAUUAUUUGCUCAAUUUUUGAGGAGUGUUUCAAACUCCAAGAACGAAAUGCUCUGCCAACAACUCCAAGAGAAGUUUACAAAAAAGCCCUAAGAUUGUUCAUCUUCAAGCAUCAUCCUGAAUUUAGAGGUAAACCAUUGACAGAAGAUUUCCUUAUGGGAAAUAGUAAGCUCCCAGAUACUGUAGAGGAUACAUUGAACAAAGCUGGGGCACUGGCAAAAGCAGGAAUAGAGAAAGGUCAGCUGGUGUUUGAGUCACAAGAGGUGCAAGGAAUAGAGGAGUGUGGUUUGUUUAACAGGAUGCCAAACAAAAAACUUCAAGAUAGUACAUUCAAGUCUCAGUUCUGCUUUAUUCAUCUCAUCUUUCAAGAGUUUCUUGCUGCAAGGGAAAUUGCCAAGAUGAAGCCCAAUGAGCUCAGUGAUUUUCUCAGGGCAAACCGGGCUCNCUCUGUAACACCUGUUGAUUGUGUGGCAAUUUCGUAUUUUAUAAAGCAUCUGCAAAGCCCCACUUCAUUGACCCUUGAAAUGAACAGUGUAACAAAUCAAGGUGUAUUACUCUUGUGUGAUGCACUAAAAGAUGAACAUUGCAAACUCACUGGGUUGAACCUUGGUUGGAACAAGAUUACAGACCAAGGUGUAUCACACUUGUGUGAUGCAUUGAAAGAUGAACAUUGCAAACUCACUGAGUUGAACCUUGCUACGAACAAGAUUACAGACCAAGGUGUAUCACUCUUGUGUGAUGCACUAAAAGAUGAACAUUGCAAACUCACUGAGUUGAAUCUUGGUUGGAACAAGAUUACAGACCAAGGUGUAUCACACUUGUGUGAGAUGAACAUUGCAAACUCACUGUGUUGGGCUUUUUUUGUAACAAUGUUACAGACCAAGGUGUAUCGAUCACUCUUGUGUGAUGCAUUAAAAGAUGAACGUUGCAAACUCACUGAGUUGGACCUUGGUAUAAACAACGUUACAGACCGAGGUGUAUCACUCUUGUGUGAUGCAUUAAAAGAUGAACAUUGCAAACUCACUGAGUUGGACCUUGCUACAAUCAAGGUUACAGACCAUGGUGUAUCACUCUUGUGUAAUGCAUUAAAAGAUGAACAUUGCAAACUCACUGAGUUGGACCUUGCUGAAAACAAGAUUACAGACCAAGGUAUAUCACUCUUGUGUGAUGCAUUAAAAGAUGAACAUUGCAAACUUACUAAGUUGCGCCUUGCUGGGAACAAGAUUACAGACCAGAGUGUAUCACUCUUGUGUGAUGCAUUUAAAGAUGAACAUUGCAAACUCACUGAGUUGUACCUUGCACAAAACAAGAUUACAGACCAAGGUAUAUCACUCUUGUGUGAUGCAUUAAACGAUGAACAUUGCAAACUUACUAAGUUGCACCUUGCUAGGAACAAGAUUACAGACCAGAGUGUACCACCCUUGUGUGAUGCGUUAAAAGAUGAACAUUGCAAACUCACUAAGUUGAGCCUUGAGGAGAACAAGAUUACAGACCAAGGUAGAUCACGCAUAUAUGAUGCAGUGAAGAAUGGAAAUUGUAAAGUUUUAUUUUAAUGCUGAUACUGGGAAGUAUGCCUCUGGCACUAAGUUGUUAACUCACUAAGUUGCUUUUCUAUAAUGUGUUUUCAGAUGCAAAUCAUGGGUGGAUUGGGAACCAGUCCAGAAAAGGCAGGCCUCCUUCCUUUUCUUGGGAUUUUGCAGUUUUUUAAUUUUAUCUUUUCAGAUGUUUGUCUAUUUCAUUCUGGCCUAUUUUCAUGUUUUCAAGAGGGGGGUAGGGGACAGGGGCUUAUUUUAUUUAUGGUCAUGCCUAAAGUUCUUUAUUAUUUAUUGAAAGGCAUCCCAAGCUCAUGUCUCGAGAAAAGCAAAGUAUAAAGUAUUGUACAUGUAUAUAUCAGGUAUUUAUUCAUAAAGGCAUCAUGUAUUGCAUGACAUGGUGUUAAGUUAUUCAAGAAACUGCUGAAAAUUUUAACAUGUUACAAGGAAUAGUACACGGGGAAAAAAAUAUGGUUGAUUUACAAUUCUUAAUAUUCUGAAAUAUGAACAUUUUACAUGUAAGAUUAACAAAACUGACUCACUUCUUGGAAAACAUCUCCAAAAUAACUAUAUAUUUUUAACAAACAAUUUGGAAAUUAUAUUUCUAAUUCCAAUUUGGUUUUCCUAAAUAUGGGUACAUCUUUCAGCAUUUAUCUCAUUCUGUAAAUAAUCAAGGAAGGAUCCAUGAGUAUACAAUAUCUAGGAGUAACAGAGGUUGAUCGAAUAAAAGAAAAUUUUUAGCUUAU